GUGUGUGGUUGAGAUAGAGCCUGUUACAAGGGUGUAACAGAGUCAGCGGGAACAAGAACCAGGGUGAAACUGGAGAACCCACCACACUGCCAUAGCUGGACUCAACCAACUGCAUCAGGGCUUGGACAGAAGAAAUUGUCCACUGCCCAGCGCCGAGAUGCACUCCAGCUGCGAGUCCAACUCUUCGCAGAACAGCUAACGGUGAAUUAACUGUCAGAGCAGGCAAGAAACCACACUGUCAGCUGAGUGAGAGACAGGAAGAAGGUUAGAAGCGAGGUGGUUUAUUUUAAAAAGAGAUUAUAUUUCCUGUUUUACUUUGCAGAGCGGUGUGAGCACAGAGACCUGACAAGCUCCACAGCUAAACUAUCAUCUCAGCGGAAUAUCGCUCUCACUUUGAGAAGCCUGAAGCUGUCCAGGUCAACUCAGCCUGGAGCUCGCAGGGAUCGGGAGGAGAGGCUGGGAUGUAAACAACAUCCACAGACAGACUCCAUUCGUCCGAGUAUCUCUGCAACCAGAUCUACCCCUGGCUCUGUCCGGUGUGCGGAUUACAAACAACGUGUGGUGAGGCCCCACUAACCUUCCAUGGUCUGGCUUGAGAUGCUGAGAUGGUGUUGGACGCCUAAACUGCAGACGGCAGCACCUCCAGGGGUGAGGGAGAGGGAUAACCGAAAGGUCUGGAUGAAGGUGAAAGAGUUUCACUCCACGUGAAGGAUUCCAUUGGAAAGGAAAGCAAUGGCUUCUGUGAGCGAUUGAUUGCACUGGUCUGAAACUUCAGUUAUUUAUGCAUGACAGAACAGCUUCUAGUCCAAAUAAUGGUUUCUGUUGGAUAUCACCAUUGGGUGCAUCUAAUUUAGUCAGUAACCUGAUAUUGCUGUGGUUAAUUUGUUUUAUUUGCAAGUAUUGGAUCUAAUUUCACCUGCAGGAACAUUGGUGGGCCUUGGGAUACGACUACAGUUUUUGAGGUACAGGCAGAACAACGCUUUGUUACCGACAUCGGCACCAGGAGGCCUGUCGGGCCAGUGCCAACUCUCAGGAUGACGGGUCUUUCUCCGAAGCGGGGUCUCAGCCAGGGUGGCGUGGGCUCAGCCAAGAAGAGGAGGCUGGUGACCGAGAGCUACGAGGAGAAGCUCGAGCGCAGGCAUGAGAACCGCCAGAGCCUCUUCGGCCGAAACAACGUCACCUCCUGCCGCAGUUCACCGAAACGGCGUGGCGCAGAGCAGAGCUCGCGGCAGGAGGAGUUCUUGAAGCGGCGGAACCUGACAGCGGACGAUAGCGUGGCGAAGACGAAGGCACCCGCUGUGGCGCCCUGCAGGAGGGAGGGCGUAGGAGGAGUCAACGCUGGGGGUCCAGCACAAUCACCACCAACAUUAAUCAAAGUAACACAGGUCUUUCCACAGGUUGGGUUAGCUAACGGUGGCUUGUCGUUAAGCGGCCAGCUCAGUCAGAGGGCAGCAAAAGACUCGACUCUCAGUUUCCUCACCGACACGCUCAACCAGACCGAUGCCAUCUUCAAGAAGGACUCCAAAAGAGAUAAAGCAACCCAGGUCCCGCCAGCGGACAGCGGUGGAUUCGGAAAUGUGUCCCGGAAGGAAGCAAGCCAGCAGACAGAAUGCGGAGUCGCAGUUCUGGAUCAGGAGAUCAAGCAACUGUCAGAGUAUCUGAAGGAAGCUCUGCACCGUGAGGUGAUGCUGAAACAGAAGAUGGCAGUCCUCCAGCAGCUGCUUACCACGCUCCUGCAGGCUGCAGAGAAAUCGUGGAAGGUACAACUGAACGAUGAUUCGCUGCGCUGCAAACUGCAGUCACUGGAGACUCAGUUACACACCUGGGCGCAGAAUCACUCAAAAGACAGUGUCAAGGAAAGCAUGAUCGAAAUGCAGGAACAGAAACUCAAGUAUGAGAACAUGGCCAAGGAAUCACUCCAGAGAGCGAUCGAGGAGAAAACUACGGUGGAACAAAGUCUGGACAAUGUCAAGAGAUCGCUGAGGGAAGAGGAACAGGAGUCUGCCCACUGGAAAGAGUUGUAUCACAGGGCGAUGGCUGAGUGUGCUGAACUGACAGCCCAGUGCUCAGAGACUACCGAUCGACUGCACAUCGUAGAGAGCAAGCUACAGAGAGCAGAAAGUGAUGGUACAGCACUCAGGAAUUUACAGAGCAAAUUGGAGACUGUUGAAAAUCAAACCCAGGAACUCCUGAACCAAAUUGAAGCCUUGAAAGAAGACAAUGAACUCAAGCAAAAGCAGCUUCUAAUCAGCAGAGCUGAACUACAAAAAGCUGAAGAGCAACAGCAAAGAAUGGCUUCUACAAUAAUGAACCUUCAGAGCACGCUACAGAACCAAGUCACUGACACUGCAGAGCAGGAGACAACUGUGCUACAGAACGGCGAGUCCUAUGCCAGGACCGAACAGCGUGAGGUGGCUCGUCAGCUGGAGAUCAGACAACUGAAAGAGCAACUAGAAAGGCAAUUACAUCAGCUCCACGCUAAACAGGAGGAGUGUGCUGGACUUCAUUUGGAGCUCGCGGCUGUGCAGAAUGAGCGCCAGGCCCAGCUCAAACAGCGGCAGGGCCCCAGGAACGAGCCGGGGAGAGUUAAGAAGAGACCUUCCCAGGUGAGGUUCUGAAACCUGUUCCAGACUCAGAGCAAGAGGCGCUGCUGUCGAUGUGUGGCCUUCCUCCUGAUGGCAGCAAUGGUAGCAGGGUUUGCUGUACUUUGUGCAAAUCUGGACAAAAUCCCUCUCUGAGAAACUCAAUGGCACUGACACAAAUUUGCAAAUGACUUUGAACACCAAAUUUCGAUUAGAACAGAAAUACUGAUACUUUUUAAAAUCUUAAAAUAUUUUAAAAAAUUAACUGGUCAUGUGGAAUAUUGGGAAAUGGUCAGGUGCUAAAGAGACUAACCAUUUGCACAUUCUCACUAUACUAAGCUGAAUAGCACAAUCUGAUCAAAUCUGAAAUAUUUACCCUCGUGACUAUAUUUCACAUUAGAUGCAUCUCCAACGGCCAAUUCCCUCAAAGCAGAAAGAAAUAUUUUAUGUCCAGUUCAGCUGGGACAUGGUAUUUUAUUGAUUAAGCACACCAACGACCUUAACUCACAAUCCUUGUUGUUCAGAUAUCAACGUAACAGCGGGAAUAUUUAAACUCUUAACCCAGCAAAUUCAAAUGUUUUAAAAUGCCUGUUCUAGGUAAUGGGUUGUGGAGUGGAGAUAUGUUUCUAAUCAAGGAAGCACCAGUCAUCCCUUCCCUCCACUAGCCUGCAGGUCACUCUUGGGCAAGGUGUAUCACCUGCUUAGCCCCCCACCGAUUAGGAUCACGUGAAGCCAUGAGACCAGGUGGUGGAUGGCCAUAUAAGCAGCUGGUGCAUAUCACAAGUCCUAGUUUUGCAACCACUAGCACCAGGCAGACUAUCUCUGAAGAGUACUGAUAAUGGCUGGGUUCACCGGUCUUGUAAAGACACUGCCCAGAAGAUGGCAAUGGCAAACCACUCCUGUAGAAAAAUUUGCCAAGAACAGUCAUGAUCAAGUCCAUGACCACCCACGUCAUACAACUUCGCACAUAACGAUGGUGAUGGUGAUGAUGAUGAUGACUCUAGGUUAGGGUAAGUCUAAACUUAUGAGACUGUUAGGAGAUACAAUCUGAUUUACUAAGGCUCUCAGGAAACAAUAUCUGCUGUCCUUAUUUGAUGUGGCCUGUGUGACUCUUAAACACACUCUGACUUGGUACAACAAAUGAUUCAGUUGUCAAGAGGGUGAAUCACCUCUGUAUUGUCACGGCCCAAAGAGUGAGCGAAUCAGUGUUGGACACAUCCCCUUACUAAAUACAACGAAGCAUACUUUUGUCAAUGUUGUAAAUAAUUUGUGUAAAAUUUGUUUUCUGAUUAGAGAAUAUCACCAGAUGCAGCUUUCUUAACUGUCUCUUAUAGUCUCUUUACUUUUCCCAGUGCCAAAGGCUGGCAGAGAUGGCAAUUACCUUGCAAUGGGUAUCAUAGUCCAAUCACACUUCACUGUACAUAGAAUAAAAUAUAUUUUCUUAUGAGCAUCUUUAACAAUCAAAUAUGUUCAAACAGAGACCUUUUCCCAUGGCAGAAAUGGCUAAUACAUGUGCGCAUGAUUUAACGGUGAUUACAGGAAUAUAUAAGGGGGAAUGUCAGAGACAGGUUUUUUUUUAACCAGAGAGGUGAGUGUGUAAAAUGCCCUGCAAGGGGUGGUGGUAGAGACAGAUACUUCAGGGACAUUUAAGAGACUCUUAGAUAGGCACAUGAACGAUAUUAAAAUGGAGGACUGCAGUACUGUGCAAAAGUCUUAGGCAUAUACUGUAUAUAUAACUAGGGUGCCUAAGAUAUGCACAGUACUGUAGUUCAUGACAUAUGCAAGGGAUGAUAAAUCUGAUUCUGAUAUGAGUCUCUAUUGUGGACUGAAAGUGGGAAGGGGGCAGGGAGAGGGGUAUCAUGGUUGGGAAAAGGGGAAGGGAGAGGGGAGGGAGCAGGGAGCACCAGAGGCAUAUGCUGUGAUGAUAAAUAAACCAAUUGUUUGGAAACAAAUGACCUUGCCUGGUGUCUCAGGGCUGUGUGUGUCUGCACCCACGCCACCCCCUGCCCCUGGCACUCCUUCUCUGCCACCUGUCCCACACCCCUCCCGUGGUACUCCACCCUCACUAUUCAAACAUCCCUUGCUCCCACCAGAUAUACAAACUCGCUCUCCACUCCACGUUGACAAACACAGCACUGUGCAAAAGUCCUGGGCACCCUAGCUAUAUUUAUGUGCCUAAGAUUUUUGCACAGUACUGCAGGUGGGAGGGAAGAGUAGAUUGAUCUUAGAGUGGGUUAAAAGGUUGACACAACAUUAUGGGCCGAUGGGCCUUUACUGUAAUGUCCCACGUUCUGUGUAGGUACUUGCCACAAAAAACGUCCAGCUAACUUUCUCCUGAAUAUUUCCAGGUCACCACCAUUAUACUUUGAGUAUCAGGCAUUUGGGACCAGAACAAUUAAAAACUGUUUGAUGCUCAAUACAGCAGUCUGUAUUAGCAAGAACACAGGUCUGGCACAUGAAUCAGUCAAGGUGUCAAACUCAAUUCGAUAAGAAUUUCCUCCUGAACAGCUGCAAAAUAUUGGGAGAAAAUUUAACAUUUUGAUUGAUACCUCUUUGUAAUGUUAUUUUUGUAAUGGCCUAAUUGACACCUGUGGAAUGUUGAAAGGCUUUGAUAGAGUGGAUGUAGAAAGGAUGUUUUCUAAGGUGGGAGAGCCUAGGACCAGAGGACACAGCCUCAGAACAGAGGGGCCUCUUCUUAGAACGGAGAUGAGCAGAAAUUUCUUGGGGAAUCUGUGGAAUUCAUUUUGCCACAAGCAACUGUCAAGGCCAAGACUUUAUAUCUAUUUAAGGCAGGAGUUGGUAGACUCUUUAUUGGUCAGGGCAUGAAGAGAUACAGGGAGAAGGUAAGAGAUUGAGGCUGAGGGAAAAUUGGAUCAGCUAUGAUGAAAUGGUGGAGCAGACUCAAUGGGCCAAAUGGCCUAAUUCUCCUCCUAUAUCUUAUGGUUAUUUUGGAACAGAUGGAAUUUGCAUGAUUAACUGGCAGAAAGUUUUUUUUAUAUUCUUGGGUCUGAUGACCAUUAUGUGUACUCUCUUCAGUGUGAACAAGCAUUUACGUUUAAGAUCCAAAACUGGUUUGGUGACAGGAGGCAGAUGGUAGGGGUAAGAAUUAGAAGUCUGUGACUAGUGAUGAACCUCAGGGAUUGAUGCUUGGACCUUUACUGUUUGUGAUAAACACUCAGUGGCCACUUUAUUAGAUACCCAAUAAGGUGUUUUUGCCCACAGAACUGCCACUCACUAGAUGUUUUUUAUUGCACCCUAUUUUGUAAACUCUAGAGACUUUUGUGCGUGAAAACCCCAAUGUAUCGUCAGCUCCUGAGACACUCAACCCAGCCCAUCUGGCACCAAAAAUCAUUUCACAGAUGAAGUCACUUAGAUCACAUAUCUUCCCCAUUCUGUUUAAUCUGAACAACAACUGAACCUCUUGACCAUGUCUGCAUGCUUUUAUGCAUCGAGCUGCUACCGCAUGAUUGGCUGAUUAGAUAUUUGCAAUGACAAGCAGGUGUACAGGUGUACCUAAUAAAGUGGUCAUUAAGCGUACAUUAUUUAGUGACUUGGAUAUUGUAUAGUGACUUUGACUUGUGGAUGACACAAAAGAAAACAAAUUGGUGAAUUUAUGAAUGGUGAGAAAGGUUGUGGACUGCUGCAGCAGAAUUUAGUCAGACCGUUGGCAGAUGGAAUUUAAUUCUAAUGAGUGCAUGACGAUGCACGUUGGGAGAUCAGAUAGAGGUAGGACAUAACCAGUAAAUGGUAGGGCACUCGGGAAUGUAGAUGAACAGAGAGGUCUGAAAGUGCAAGUCAACAGUUCCCUGAAAGUGGAAACUACAAUCAGGGGGAUGAUGAAAAGGGCCCAAGACAUGCUUGCCUUCAAAAGUCGGGGCAUAUAAUUUAGGAGUUGUGACGUUAUGUUGCAGCUUUAUAAAACACUGGCAGUUCUAAUUGCCUCACUAUAGAAAGGAUAUUAUUGCACUGGAAAAAAUACAGAACAUGAAAAGUUUAAGGGGAACAUGAGGGGAAACAUCUUCACUCAGAGGGUGGUGAGAGUGUGGAACGAGCUGCCAGCACAAGUGGUGCAUGCAAACUCAAUUUCAAUGUUUAAGAGAAGUUUGGAUAGAUGCAUAGAUGGUAGGGGUAUGGAGGGUUAUGGUCCCGGUGCUGGUUGUUGGAAGUAGGUAGUUUAAAAAGUUUGGCAUGGACUGGAUGGGCUGAAGGGGCUGUACUUUUCUAUGACUCCAUGACGCUAUCUAUGUUGGAGAACUUUAGUUAUGGGAAGAGAAUGGACAGGCUGGACUUGUGAGAGUCUGAAGGGUGACCAGAUAGUUAUAUAUGAUUAUGAAAGGCUUAGAUAGGGCAGCUAGCCACGAUCUUUUCCCUAUCAUAAGGGUACUAAGAACGAGAAGACAUUUGUUUUAAGGUCAGGAGUUUUAAAGGAACCUGAGAGGUAAAGUUGAAAGUCAUCUGUAUCUAGAACUUACAGUCUGAGGAGGUGAAAAUCAGGCACAGUUAAAGAUAAGCACCAGGGAUUCAGCAGAUGCUGCAAAUCCUGAGCAACACAGUCCUGAUGAAGACUCUCAGCCCAAAAUGUUGACUGUUUAUCCCCCUCCAUAAACGCUGAGUUCCUCCAGCACUUUGAGUCUGUCACAGCAGAGUCAUAGACUCAUAGAACAUUACAGCACAUAACAGGCCCUUCGGCCCCUCUAAUAAGAACAUAAAAAAUAGCAGCAGGAGUAGGCCAUCGAGCCUGCCCCGCCAUUCAAUAAGAUCAUGGCUGAUCUGUCCGUAAACUCAGCUCCAUCUACCUGCCUUUUCCCCAUAACCCUUAAUUCCAUACUGAACUAUUAUGCUGCCUGAUCCCAUCGAUCUGAACUGGAACAUAGCCCUCUACCCAUGUACCCAUCCAAGUUGCUCUUAAGUGUUGAAAUCAAACCCGUUUCCACCACUUCCACUGCCAGCUCGUUCCCCACACUCUACUUAAAUAAGCAAGGCAUGGCAGGAUAAGAUUCUAAUGUGGCAACUGGGAAUCGUCUAGAUAGGAAAGAAAGAUGGAGAUGGUGUUUCUAUGCUGUACAGUUAACUCUGUAAUUUCAUGACUAUGGAACACUCUCACUUAAUAGAGUGCAUCAUUAAACUCACAGAGACUUGAGAUUAUGUCACAGUGUUCAUAGUUAAAACAGCAAAAGGACUGAAAGUAUUCACACCAAGCUUUACUGACUUGGGCUGUAAAAUACAUUUUUUGUAAGGUGAAAAAUAAAAUCAAUAUUUUGAGAUAAUGGCAAGUGUCUAGUUAACCUUCCAUUAAUUUGUUUUGGUAAACCUGCUGGUGUGGGAUGUGAAUGCUGUAGUGUUUUUGGGCAGAAACUUGGGCAGAUAAGGUUCAGUUUCAGUUUCCUGUUCCGCUACAUCCCCAUAUCUUGUUGAGUUUAUGGAAAAGGUAGAUGAACUUGCAGCACAGUUGCAGAUUGGCAGGUAUGAUAUUGUCAGCAUCACUGAAUCAUGGCUGAAAGAAGAUUACAGCUAGGAGCUUAAUGUCCAAGAAUACACAUUAUAUUGAAAGGACAGGCAGGAAGGGAGAGGGAGUGGCAUUGCUCUGUUGGUAAAAAAUGAAAUCAAAUCAUUAGAAAUAGGUGACAGAGUCAGAAGGUGUUGAAUUCUUGUGGAUAAAGCUAAUGAACUGCAAGGGUAAAAAAAACCCUGAUGGGAGUUGUAUACAGACCCCCGAAACAGUAGUAAGGAUGUGGUCUACAAGUUAGAAAGGGGGGUGGGAAAUGUCUGCCAAAAGGGCAAUGUUACAAUAGUCAUGGGGGAUUUCAAUAUGCAGUUAGAUUGGGAAAAUUGGUUGGUGUGGGAUUCCAAGAGGGGGAAUUUCUAGAAUACCUAUGAGAUGCUUUUUAGAUCAGCUCAUGGUGGAGCCCACUAGAGUAUCAGCUAUUCUGAACAGGGUGUUGUGCAAAUAACUGGAAUUGAUUAGAGAGUUUAAGGUAAAAGAACUCUUAGGGGUAAGUGAUCAUAAUAUGAUCCAGCAACACACAUAAAAGUUGCUGGUGAACGCAGCAGGCCAGGCAGCAUCUCUAGGAAAAGGUACAGUCGACGUUUUGGGCCGAGACUCUU